CUGACUACCCGAGGGAGGGCUCCAGACGGAGGAGAGGAAAAUCGGAGGCGGCUCACCUCUGCCCCCUCUGGGGCCGCCCCUUAGAGAUGCUAAUAUCGUUCCAGUCUUCUCCCCCCUCACUCCGCUCAAGACCCCGGCCCCGAGACGGAGGGCUACAACAAAAGCCUCGUCUUUGGCGCCCUGAAAGCAGCGGCGGCGGCGACAGCAGAAGCAGCCAGAAGCGGGAAGGGUGACGUGUAGUUCCCCGAGGCAGUGAAACUUGGUGGGCUAUGGGAUGGAUGAAGCUGAGCAGGACCAGUACGAAGCCCAUCUCAAAGAGCUCUUUGACAGCUUCGAUGUCACCGGCACUGGCUGUCUGGGGCAGGACGAACUGACCGAACUUUGCCACGUGUUGCAUCUUGAAGAAGUAGCACCAGGAGCAUUGCAGGAGACCCUUCUACAGGAUGGUCUCCCUAGGCGGGUCCACUUCGAUCAGUUUAAAGAUGCACUAAUCCUCAUCUUGUCUAGCACAUUAACAAAUGAAGAGUCCUUUCAGCAACCAGAUUCUUCACCUGAAGCCCAGCCCAAAUACAUCAAGGAUGGAAAGCGCUAUGGGAGGCGAUCCUUGCCAGAGUUUCAGCAAUCCGUGGAAGAAUUUGCAGAGGUGACAGUGAUUGAACCUUUGAACAAGGAUGCCCUCUCCUCCCGCCUCUCCAAUAAUGACUGUGAUGAGAAUUGGCAGUCACAGGACAGUGAAGAAUAUGAAGCUGAAGGCCAGUUGAGGUUCUGGAAUCCUGAUGACUUGAAUACAUCUUCAAAUAUCUUCCCCUCUCAGGAUUGGAUAGAAGAGAAGUUACAUGAGGUUUGCAAGGAUCUUGGAAUUUCCCGAGAUGGCCACUUUAACAGAAAGAAGCUUGUCUCCAUUUGUGAGCAGUUUGGUUUGCAGAAUAUUGACGCUCAGAUGCUGGAGGAAGUAUUUCACAACCUUGACCACAACAAUGGUACAAUGAGCAUUGAAGACUUUUUCUACGGGCUCUUUAAAAUUGGGAAGCCUCUCCCACCUUCUGCUUCCACUCCAUACAGGCAAUUGAAACGGCAUCUUUCUAUGCAGGCCUUUGAUGAAAGUGGGAGACGUACCACCCCUCCCUCAGCAAUGACAAGUACAAUCAGCUUCCGUGUCUUUUCCAGCCUGGAUGAUGGGAUGGGCUACGCUGCAGUGGAACAAAUUCUUGAUACUUGGCAAGAACAAGGCAUAGAGAAUAGCCAGGAGAUCCUGAAGGCCUUAGAUUUCAGUUUGGAUGGAAAAAUUAACCUGGCUGAACUGACUUUUGCCCUGGAAAAUGAGCUUCUCAUAGCAAAGAAUGGGAUAUACCAAGCAGCACUGGCUGCUUUCAAAAUGGAGAUUCGGCAUUUGAUAGAACGGGCUGAUUUGGUUCUAAGGGAAAAGGACAAACUACGUCUGGAUUUGGAGAAAGUGGAGAAAAGAGCAUCACUAAUGGCCACCGAAGUGGAUGACCAUCAUGCUGCCAUUGAACGCCAAAAUGAAUACAACCUAAGCAAGCUGGAUGAGGAGUACAAAGAUCGUGUUGCAGCUCUCAAAACAGAGUUUCAGAAAGAUUGCGAGCGGAUACAGCAGCAGGCCAGCAAGCAACAAGCAGAAUUGGAGCAUGAGAUAGAGAAGAUGAAAACAGAAGAGAAUUAUCUCCAGGACCGCCUUGCUCUGACACUGAAGGAAAACAGUCGCUUAGAGCAUGAGCUCCUGGAAACUGGGGAGAAGUUGGUGAAGUAUGAAAGCAUGAUGAGCAAAUUGCAGAAUAAUUGGGAAAACGUCUUAGCAGACAAGUUUGGAGAUCUAGAUCCUGGCAGUGCCGAGUUCUUCUUUCAGGAGGAGCGGCUGAGUCAGAUGAAGAAGAAAUACGAACAGCAGUGCAGGGAACUUCAAGAUCGCAUAGAUGAGCUUCAGUCUCAGCUGGAAGAGUAUCAGAUACAAGGCAGAAUUAUCCGACCUUCACUGCAAAGCUCUCUCUAUGAGGAACUAAACGACGUCGGAAUGCAAGGUAGUCAAGAGCCUGCUUCUGAAGACUGCAGCCGUCUAAACAUGAGCAUAGAAGCUGAAAUAAUUAUUGAACAGCUAAAGGAUCAGCUACACCAGGAUAUCUACAACUUGCAGCAGGAGCUUGAAAACACAGUAUGCCAUUAUGAAAAGCAGCUUGAGGAGACAAAGGCCAACUAUGAGGAGGGACAAGAGAACCUCCAGGAGAAGUACUGUCAGGAAAGACAAUUGUUAGAAGAACAAAUUGGGUGUCUGCAAGUCCAGAUUUCUGAGCUUCAGGGACAACUGACAAGCCUAAGGCAGGCCAACUCCCAGCAGAAUAUUGAAGGGAACAGUCUCCAGGUAUGCAUGAAUGAGAAGGCUAGCUUUAUAGAAUGCCUGAAGAUCGAUCAUGAGAGGGAGCUCCAGGCCAGACUGAAAGAGGCAGAAGAAAACUUUAGUCAUGAGAAGGAAGAGUUGAUUCAGUCUAAAGCCUGGCUGGAAGAAAGAAUGAGAACUUUAGCACAAGCCAUCCAAGAAGAAAAAAUGGAGCUAGAAAAUGGCUUCCAUGAGAAGUUGCAAAGAUUGAUGGAGAAGCAUACCCUGGAGAUGGAGCAGCUACAACAAGAGCUACUAAGAGAGCAUCAGCGAGAGCUCCAGGAACAAAAGAUAAAAGUGGAAAAUGAGUAUAAUGGAAGAAUAUUUCAGAGAGAGGAAUGGUUCACCACUGAACAACAAACACUUGCAAGAAAGUAUGAGGAAACCAUAAACAAACUUGAGGAGCAGCAUCAACAAGAAUUGCUUAAGCUCUCCAGGCUGCAGUUAGAUGAGAAAUCCCAGUGGGAAUCUGAAAAAAAUGAAAUUCUCCAGGAAGGCAUUGAGGUCCAAGCAAAAUGGAAAGAAAAGCUGGAGAAAGAAAAAGCAAUCUCUUCAUUACUGGAACAAGACAAGAAACUUCUAGAGGCAAAUUACAAGGAGCAUGUGAACUUGUUGAUCUUGGAGAAGCAGCAACUUCAACAAGACCUUCAGGACCUGAAAAAGCAAGAAAAUGAAUGGUGUGAGAAACUUCUGAAGAUUCAAUCCAGCCAUGAGAUGGAGCUAAGGAAAAGGGAAGAAAUGCCAACAUCAGAGGAAGAACAAAGGCAAUUUAGCAAAAAGCUUGGAAGACAAGAAGCAGAAUUUGUACAUGAACAAGAAGAACAGAAUUCUAAGGCUUUGGAGUAUUUGAAGCAAGAGAUGCCCAGCAGAGCAAUAGAAGAAAAAAAUGAAUUGAAGUCAAAGAUCUCUGUGCUUGAAAAUAAAAUAGAAGAGCUACAGCAGGAAUUGCAAUGUCAGUCCAAACUGCAAAGCAAUCUUGUUUCUUUAAACAAGGAUGAAGAAGCAAAAGGAAGUGAUUUUCUAGAAUCUGUCAAGCACCAGGACUCUGGAAAGGAGAUAAAUGUUCUUUCAAAACAAGAAAUAGUUCAAGAUCCAGGAGAAGAAAAUAGUGUAGGAACUACCUCUUUGAUGGAUGACUCUUUGAAAGAACCAGAAAGAGAAUCAACCCAAUACCCUGGAUUCAUCCCAUUAGUUCCAGAAACAUUUAUAGAUGCUCAGCUCCUAAGUGUGACUGGCAAAGACAGUCAAGUUGUAACAGAAGAUGGAAUGAAAAAAUUAGACAAGAUUGCAAUUCCAAACAUGAAAAAUGGAGGGACAACAGUUGAAGAAACUAUGGAGACUUCACAUGUCUUGCAGAAGGCCUCUGAAGAAAUUUUGGCAGAGAAUGAAGCCCUUAAACUGCGACAGAAUCAGCUUCUGGAGAGGAUCGUUCUGCUAGAAACUGAAUGUAAUCAAGCAGCUCAUGCUCGACAAGAUAUGGCUUCACAGGUUCAGAAGGAGCUUGAGGAGAUCCUUAAAACUAUCCCCCAGCCUAAUGUGUUGCCAUGUGCAAGUGAUGAGAAGGGGGGAAGUUUGCAUUGGGAAAAAUUGCCUACUGGCAGUGCAACAAAAAACCAAAUGCUCUUUGCUGAAGCUUUGGAUACUGAUUUAAGUGUUGAGGAAAUAAGUUCCUACUCUCUUUUAUUUGAGGCAGAUCAUGGAGAAGAAGUUAGAAUUGACAAGGGAGACCUCCAUGAUGUAGUAUCAGAAUUUUGGGGUAUGGAUAUGGUGGAAGACGCAGACUCCAGAAUAGGACCUAAAAUUUUCCAAUUUCCAGAAGAACUCAAACUAGAAAACCAAGCCCUAAAAACAGAGAUAAUCAAAUUGCUAGAACGUAACAAUAAAUUGGAGGGAUAUAUGCCAAUAUUUAUAAGCCUGCAGUCCAGGCUAGAUGAAACCAACCAAGACUGCUUCACCCUUAAGGAGGAGAAAGAGCAACUGCUACAGAAAGUGAAAGACCUAGAAAAGAAACAGGACCAGUUGGUGAUGGAAAAUGCCAACCUGCAGACUUCCAAGCUGAUUUUGCAAAGCCAGCUUGGCAAACUAGAUGAGCUCAUGCUGACUCUGCAAUCCCAGAAGAGUGGACGGCUGGGCCGUUGUGAGAAUGUCACCAAAGAUGCAGAAGUGGACAGGAAAGGGCUCCAUGAGCUGAACAGGAAACUCAAAGAGAAAAUAGCAGUGCUCCUGAAGCAGAAAGGCACCCAUACACAGGAGAAAGAGAGCCUGAAUGCUGUUCUUCACGGUUUGCAGAGCACCUACAAUGAGCAGCUUCAGAAGAUUGAGUUUUUGAGGCAAAAAACAGAGACCGUACUGAAGGAGAAAAUGGCCAUGCAGAAGAUAGCUGAAAGCUUGAAGAAACAGGUAUCUGAACUGAAAGCCAGGAAUCAGCAAUUGGAAUUGGAAAAUGCUGAACUUGGCCAUCGAAAUUCUCCAAAUCGAGCAGAUGUACAAGAUUCUAACCAACAGUUUAUGAAAACAUUUCGGCAAAAGGAAAAGGAGGCUAGGAAAUACAUGUCAGAAGAAUGGGAAAGAGAGAAUUCCCAGCUCAAAGAAGAAUUGGAGAAAUCUAAAAUUCAGUCCUCAUCAUUGGUCUCAUCCUUGGAAACAGAGCUAGCUCAGCUCAGAAUUAAGGUUCAUGGACUGGAGCAGGAGAACCAUUUCCUCAAAGAAGAACUGGAGAAUGUAAAACAGCUACCCAGUUGCCUGGAUCUUUCUGAACUGGAGAAUGAGAUUUCCAAUGUCAUCAUAAAAAAUGAGAAGCUACUGAAAGAGAAAGAAGCCCUCAGUGAAGAGCUGAACCGGUACAUAGAGAAGACAACUAAAGUUACUUUCCUAGAGAGCCUCAAUGCUUCCUUGAGGGAGGAGAACUCAUCUUUGGAGCACCAGAAUCAGCAUCUGAAAGCACAAAUGGCAGUAUCACAAGACAAGAUUCAGAAUUUCGAUGAUAUUGUGCAAAAUGUUAGCCUUCAGGUAUCCAGGCUCAAAUCAGACCUGAGGGUCACCCAGCAGGAAAAAGAGAAUCUAAAACAGGAAGCGAUGUCAUUGAAUAAGCAACUGCAAAUGGCCAAUGAGAAGAGUCGGUUCCUGGAAUCAGCUGUGCAUUCAUCAGGGAUACAGAACCAGCAGAAGAAGCUUUGUUGGGGUGAACUGGAGCUGAUCAAGCAGGAACAGCAGCUUCUGAGGCUGGAGAAUGAGCAGCGGCAGAGGGAAUGCCAGGGUGCCAAAUCAGAACUAUCUCAUUCUAGGGAAAAGCUACUUCACUCAAACUCCAGCAUGAUGCUUAGCCCACCCCAGCACCCUCGAGAACUACAGGAGAUCCAGCAGCAAGGAUGUCCUGUUGUCCCAUCCGAACAAUACCAGCAGCUCCAGCACCAGUUCCUUCAGGCAGAGAGGAGGUGUCAACGCCUGCAGGAGGAGCUUGAGAAUCGGCCCUUGGAAACGAACAUGCCCCAGGGUGGAUAUGAGCAGCUACUACAGACUAUGGAGAAACGCAUGAUGGAUGUUGAACAACAAUUGAGGCUUGUGAAACAGCUUCUCCAAGAUAAAGUCAAUCAGCUGAAAGAACAGUUUGUAAGAAACACAAAAGCUGAUGAAAUGGUGAAGGAUCUCUAUGUUGAAAAUGCUCAGCUGCUAAAAGCUCUGGAGAUGACAGAACGGAGGCAGAAGAUGGAGGAGAAGAAGAACUAUCUGCUAGAAGAAAAAAUAGCCAAUCUUAGCAGAAUAAUCAAAAAUCUGACCUCCAAUGUAGGAUCAUCAGCUCAGCUGGGAUCUUAGUGCCUUUCUCCACUUGCAUUUAACUAUAGUGCAAACAUGUCUUGACCAUUUAUUGCAAGGCAUUACCUUCAUCUCAUCCCCAGCCAAUGUGUAAAACUUUUUCAGUCAUGUUUAGCUGUACCAGUGUUAAAAUAGUACUUCCCUACUUAUUUUGACUUUAGGUGCAGCUCAACGCAUGUACAAUCUGAUAGACUUACUGUAUUACCUAUUACUUUAGGGGAAAGUCGGAUGACCAAAAUGACUUGAAGCAAAGGCAAUACAGGUUGGAUAAGGAUGGGCAAUUGGAUAGCAAAUUUCAUGCUGGUAUAGUCCCCAAAAGCUGUGGAAAGCACUUCAGGGGUGGGGAAAGACCCUAAACCUAACUACUUAUUUAUGCAGAAUUAUGCACUUUAUUGAAAGGUGAACAUUUCAUCUAUUUUAAUGCUGCAUUUUGAUAGCUGCAACUUUGGGGCUGUGCUCAAAAGAAAUCUCACUACUCUCAAAAACACAAAACAAAUCUGUGUAUGGAUACCCACCAAGCAUAAAUCCCAAGUGCCUUACUUUAUAUUUUUUUGGUUUGCAUGUUAGUUUGGAAUGGUGUGAGGAGGUACCAUGGCCUAAGAGGUUUCAUCUAUUAUCCACCCACCAUACUACUGAUUCACUUUUCAUGAGCCGUCUAUCCAUUGUCCUGAAUGGCCAAAGCAGAAUGUAAAUGAUAGAUAUACCCUGAAACUUUCAUCCUCUGCUGAAGUUUUAGAGACAAUGGUACUAUAACCAUACUUUGAAGGAAAUUUGGAAAAGUGUACAUCCUCUCAGUUUUCCCAGAUCCAUUCAAAGGAACAAUGGUAGCACAAACAUCACCUUUUUGCCAGUUUGUAGGAUAGUUAGACUAGGAUCUUUCCGCCCUUUCAACUGACAAACACUAGAAAAGAAAGGUUAGGAAAGUAGAUGGACAUCAGAAAGGGAGAAGAAAAAUCAAAAGAACACCAGAAGAAGCAGCCUGACUCUUAAGGGAAACCACAGCUAGAUUUCUUCACUCUCAAACGGUCCCACCCUCAAGAAAAUCAUCUUAAUGAGUAAGACAGAAAAAGGAUAAUUGUACAGGCAAUCCUCCGCUUACAACCAUUUAUUUUAACAACUGUUUGAAGUUACAAUGGCACUGAGAAAAGACUGGAAAUUUUAAAGAAGAGAUUGGAUUGGAAAUGGUAUAGAGUUUCCUGCCUAAGUAAGGGGUUGGACUAAAAGACCUCCAAAGUCCAUUCCAAUUCUUCUCUUCUCUUCUCUUCUUCCUUUCACUUACAACUAUUGCAACAUUCCAACAGUCACAUGAUCAAAAUUUGGGUGCUUGGCAACCAGCAUGUAUUUAUGAUGGUUGCAGUAUCCCAGGGUCUUGUGAUUGUCCUUUGCAAUCUUCCCAGCUGGCUUCCAACAAAGUCAAGGGGAGAAGUCAAACUCAUUUAACAACUGCAGUAAUCUGCUUAAAUGACUGUGGCAAAAAACUGUGGCAUUGUAAGCCGCCCUGAGUCUCCGGAGAAGGGCGGCAUAUAAAUUAUUUUUUUUUAAAAAAAAGUUGUAAAAUCAGGCACAACUCACUCAAAAACUGCCCUUCUUAACAAUGGAAAUUCUGGUCCUAUUUGUGGUCGCUAAGUCAAGGACUAUAGAAAAGUUGUGACAUAGGGCUAUAUGGUAUGCAAACUGACGAGAAAACAAAGAACUGAACAAUUCCAAAAUUCUGAUGCUAUCUGACACCAAUGGUUUCUACUGUCAGAAUCCACACUGCUGUGUUAAUGGCUGCAGAGGACAGGAAAAAAUAUCUUGAUUUGCAGGACAAGCUAUUAGUUGGUCGUAGUAGAACAUUCUUUGCAUGCAGAACAUUCCUCUUAAGAAUCUUAAAUUCCAAUAGUCUGUAUAUACAGCAGCAAAGCUUCAUAUGAUUAUUAAGGAUUAUAAACAUCAUGGCUGAGAAGUAGCUGACCUUCAGAUACUAAAUCUGAAUACUGUUUGUAUUUUUACUAACAUUUUCAGGAUCCCAAAUUUCUUAUAUAUACAUUUGAAGAAAGAAGAUUGCAUUCUUAAAGAGAGUGCUUCUGUUUGAAACCAGAAGUGACUAGCAAUGGACUGCCUAAUUAUUUGGUUGGUUCAUUUUAAAUGUCAUGACUUUAUUUUAAACAUCAAUUUGAUAUUUGACAUUCUGGAUUUACUGUGAUUUAUUGUAGUCAGAGUUUAUAUUUAUAUAUAUGGAUUCUUAAUCACCCAAUCAUUGUCUCUCAGCAAUAGAAAAAGAAUAGUUGCUUUCUCCAUGCUACAGCUACACUGAAUGUGUGACCUGUUUUUACCACACUACCAAUUAUAACCUGAAUAAAGAAUGCAACCAGUGAGGCUAAGGCUAAAACAUGUUGUAGACCAAAAUAUCUCCAGAACAUUUAAUUAGCCAAUUGUGCCUUAUCCUGUUUGUAGCUGCUUCUACAUGCAAAGCAUGCUGAUUCCACCUCUGUAAUAAACUCAUCCAGAAUUCUGCAGAGGGAAACCUAAUUCCUUCUAGUGUACCAAAUAAUGGUCAUUAGCAUCAGAAAAAGGUCAGGGAUCUCCAUCCAAGCAAUUCUGGUGCACUUGCUUUUUUGUAAAGAACACGUGUGGGAAGACCUAACCAAUCUUUGUAGUUAUUUAGUACAGGCUAGAAUAUUUUUUUUUGUGGAUGGGAUCAGAAUUUCCUGGGAGAGGUUGUGGGGAAUGGGAUAGAGAAUGUUAUAAUUAUUAUUUUAAAUAAUAUUUAACUAUCUUACACUCAAUUCAGGGCUUGCACUACACCUUCUGAUUCUUUCCCAUCUCAAAAUAAUUGAAAACCAUGCCAGCAAUUUCCAGAAAUUGUGAUUAGAGAUAGGUAUACAGAAGGGGCUACAAAAAAGCAGUUCAGGAGUCUGACUCCUGCCCAUAGGCAACUUUCCUCAACUGGAUGCAAUCCAGAUGUUUUAAGAUCCUUUAGAUUCUUAGCAUGGUAUCUGAGAAUGCUGGGAGUUGCACUUCCAAUGUAUUUUGAGAGCAUCAGGUUGAGUAAUGAUGCCUCCCACUUCUUUGAACUUUGAACAAUAGCUCCCAAAGGGUUGCAUGUGCACAAAAAAUUAGGUGAUAAACAUGGUAAAUUUGUCACCCAAACAGAGCCAUUAAUUUUGUUUUGCAUGGGGCUGAAGAAAACCUGACUCAACUAAAAUGAGCUCUUUUUUCACUUUUUUUUUUUUUUUGAAUGGAAAUUUAUCACUCCAAAACUAAAGCAAGGGUCUCCAAACUUGGCAACGUUCUGUAGAUUUCAACUCUCAGAAUUCCCUGGUCAACUAUACUAUAUUGGCUGAGGUGUUCUGGGAGUUGAAGUCCACAAGUUUUAAAGUUUCCAAAUUUGGAGAGCCCUGAUCUAAAGCAAGCAGUAUGGUAGAGUGGUUAAAAUGCUAGACUGAAAGCAUGGAAACCUACUCCACCAUGAUCACUCCCUUCCAUGGGCACUCACCCAGUAUCUCAAUCUAACCUACCUCACAAAGUGAUUGUUGUGAGCAUAAAUUGAAAGUAGACUCUGAAGUGAAGGAAGGAUAAUCCUGUAGGCUUGAAAACUCUCCCCCCAAAAAGAUGACUGAUGCCAAUGCUAUGUUAUUUGAGGCAAUGGGGUAAGGCAUUCUAUUUGCCAGAUAGCUUAUCUUGCUAUGGUGUCUCAACCAGCAUCAUAGGAUUUCUAUAGCUUCUACAGCCUCUCAGAUUUGUUAAUUGAGGUUAAUGUUGCCAUUUAUCAGAUUUGUAUUUGAUAUAAGUAUUUUGUUUCUAUUGUACAUUGCCCUAAAAGUAAUUCGAGGAUGGACAGUAUUAAAUAUUUUAAAUAUGUAAAAUCAA